AUGGCCUCCACCUCAGAACUUGCCUGUAUCUACAGGGCAUUCAUCCUGCACAGCGACAAAGUCACUGUGACUGAAGACAAACUCAAUGCCCUGAUUAAGACGGCUGGUCUAACUAUUGAGCCUUUCUGGCUUAGUCUGUUUGCCAAGGCAUUGGCUAAUAUUGACAGCAAUAGUCUGAUCUGCAAUGUUGGUGCUGGUGAUAGUGCCCCAGCUGCUGUAGCAGCUGUUUCCACUGCUGCCCCUGUUGCUGCUGAAGAAAAAAAGGAAGAGAAGAAACUGGAGGAAUCUGAAGAGUCUGAUGAUGACAUGGGCUUUGGUCUCUUUGAUUAA